AGGGUUUCCCUGGUGGCCAGGAGCAGGUUGAAAGCCCAUUGAAUAACCAGGGUUGCUCUUGCUGCCUCUGCCUCAGGCUGUGCGGGUUUCCUGCAGCGGCUGCCAUGGGUUCUGUGCUUUCCUUCCCUGCUGAUAACACCACGUCGAGGCAGAGGAAGAAGGCUGAGGAGGAGGAGGAUGACUUACUCGACAGCCGGGACCGUGAGGAGGACAUUGCCAAGUUUCCCUAUGUUGAGUUCACGGGUCAGGACAGCAUCACCUGCCCCACGUGCCAGGGCACCGGCUGCAUUCCCACACAGCAGGUAAACGAGCUGGUGGCUCUGAUACCCUACAGCGACCAACGGCUUCGUCCACAGAGAACGAAGCUCUAUGUCCUGCUGUCGGUGCUGCUCUGCCUCCUCGUAUCGGGGCUGGUGGUUUUCUUCCUGUUCCCACACUCUAUCCUGGUGGAUGAUGACGGGAUUAAAGUGGUUCAGGUUUGGUUCGACAAGAAGAACUCCGUUGUCAUUCUUGCCAUCACGGUAAAGUGUUUGUGUGUGUGUCUUCCCGAGGGAAUAAAUUCCCUGUCGAGCUGCCAGGAGGGUCCCUGCUACCUGUGUCCCCUCUUCCUCUCCACCCAGGCCACCUUACGCAUCAGGAACUCCAACUUCUACUCGGUGACAGUGACCAGCCUGACGAGUCAGGUGCAGUACAUGAACACCGUGGUGGGGAGCCAGCAGGUCACCAACGUCUCCAGCAUCCAGCCACUGAGUGACAAACUGGUGAAUUUCACUGUGAAGGCAGAGCUGGGUGGCCCCUUCUCCUAUGUGUAUUUCUCUUGCACGUUUCCCAAGGCGAAGGUACACAACAUCCUGAUCUUCAUGAGGACGUGGGUGAAGCUCUCGUACAUCGGGCACGUGUCGCAGAGCACUCUGGAGCGGUACCGCUAUGUCGACUGCAGCACCAACUUCACAGCCAGCCGGGACCUGCUCCCGCUGGCCCCCUCCGCCUGAGGCACAGCCAAAGCCAGGAGCGAGCCCCGGGGCCCAGCCGAUGUGUCCGGGGGGGAUGCUGGUGCAGAUGGAUUUCUAGAAGGGACCAGGAACUUGCAAAUGGAAGCAGAGGGAUCACGAGUGACUUUGGUGGGAGAUGUCUGGAAGCUCUGUGUCCCUUUCAUGCUCUUCCACGUGCAGCUUGGCUGCGCUUUUCGCCUGGCCGUGAAACCCUCUUGGGGUGUUUUCCCAGCUCCACGGUCCUGCCUUCCUCUUUGGUUCUGGAGAACUAGGUUUUGGUGGGAAAACCGGACUUCCAGGCUUUGGGGGCUGAAGAUCCCAAAGAUUUAGAGUUGAUUUUUGCAGCUCUGUCAAAGCUCAGCACUGUGUCAGGUCCCUCAGGGUGAACAAAUUAGUUCUGUGCAAUUAAAUUAUCAUGCUUCUCUUCAGCAGCAGUGUCUUGGGCUUGAUCCAAAGCAAACCUUGAUAACAAAGAGAUAGUUCCUAUAAGGAAUGUGCAGAUCAAGCUCCCACCUCCCUAACUUGUGUUGGAAGGAGGCAAAAGCACCUUUGAAACACGCUCUUUCUGUGCACAUCGUGUGCUGGCAGCUGAGGCCACCUCCAGCAAACCCAGACCCAAACCAUCUGAAUGAAGGUGCCUUGGUAAGUGUGGGGCUGGGGAAGGCUCCAUGAAUUCCACCUUCCUUCUCCUCCUCCUUUGGACCUUCCCCUCCCCACGCUGGGCAGCUGCGGGGUCUCUGGGGUCUGAAACCAGGAAGCUCACAGCUCGGUGGCACUUUGUGCUCGUGCCUGACACAGCCAAGUCUUGGAUUUAAACUGAUUUUGUGGGAGUUUGGUGUUCCAAAGGUUUCACUCCCGGGAGCUGUUCCCGAUAGAUGGCAUCAACUGUGUUCUUAAAGCAAAUACACCCCCAAGCUGAGCCCAGCCUCUGCUGCUUGCAGCUUGGAGCCUUUCAUUCCGCUUCUGCCCUUUGUAGUUUCCCUGGAAUUCGAUCCCUGCCUGCACCUACCGCGUCCUUCAGAGGGGAGGUGGUGUGAGCCUGUGUGAGGGAGCAGAGCCCAGGUGGAGCCGUGGGCAGUGCUCGGGGUGUUGCUCAAUGAAGGAUGCUUUAUUUUGUGGGAAUGUGGAAGAAAACCACACGGUGCCUUUUCUAGGAAGUGGCAUUUCUGCCUCCUGAGGUUUCCAGAAGUGAAUUUACCCAUUAAAGCGGAGUUGUACGUUACAAA